UAUGCCCCAAAGGCACCAUAUAUUAUGGAGAGACAUAUAUAUGCCUCUCCAUACAGAGGGUGCAGCAUGAAGCACAUCUGAAGAUACAGACUGACAAACUAUUGACAAACCUCAAACCUGCCCAGAUUUCCAUGAGGCCACAUCAUAACUCACAGCUUGUGGUCCAAGUAGGACAGAGACCCAAGUUUCACCAUUCCAUCUCACUACAGACUAGGCUUGCCACGCCUUUGUUCCAAAGCACAGUUCUGUGUUUAGCAUUAACAACAUGUACCUGUUCUUUUCCAAGUUAAUAAAGAACACAGUUUCUUCUGCAGGCCAGUCACUGACUGCAGUGCACACGCAAUGAAGAGGCCGGGUCCAUGUUGCAGGCCUCUAGAAAGCAAAGCAGUCUUCUUCAGCCCUGCAGGCUGGCUGGCAGAUUGCACUCAGGCACUACAACUCCCAUGAUGAAGCUGGCUUUUGGAGCCAAAAGUUCUCCUUUGCCCCUGCAGGUGAUGGGAGGAGGCUGAGCCUUGUGGAGCAGAGUAAAGAGCAGCCAGGCUUAUGAAGGCGUGGCCCAUUCUGCAAAAGUCUCUCCCUAGAGUGGAACAGCCUAGCUGUCUGUCAUCAUGGCUUCUUCUUCUUCUUCUACCCAACCUCCAGGGAGAAGAGAGCGGGGGAGGGCUGGUGAAUGCAAAAAUAUCUUGGUUGUAUAAAGUGCAAUGCUUUGAAAGCUCAUUGCAGUAUAACCAGCCGAGAAUUUUUAAUUUUGCAUGGUGAAUGUGAGAAGCAUGGAGAUGAAGCAUGCAGCUGGAGAAGGUCAUGUUCUCAACAUUCAGAUGGGGAGCUGAAAUCAAGCCAUAUCCAAGUUUCUAAUUAAUACAAGUUCAUCAGAAGCCAAUAAGAUUAUAUCUAUUUUACUAACCUGAGCCACCCCAAGCAGAAGUGUACUGGAGGGGUGGGGCACAAAUACAAUUGAAUGAUCGAUUGAUUGAUUGAUUGAUUGAUGCCAAAGAGGAAACCUGAGAGCAUGGCUGGACUUCAACCCCCAAAGAGACGUCCAGUGGCCAAAUAGACUUGAAAUGGACUCUGCGGAACUUGGGUCUGGUCUCCCCUUCUGAAUGUCUAAGUGAAGAAGAUGGAUGGUUUGAUCGAUGGUUUGAUAUCGGUAGAGAGCCUGUGUGAAGAUGGCCAUGACAUCAUCUUGCAUCAUCACGAUCCGCUUCCGACAUUCUUCUGGCCCCCACCCCACCAGCUGCAGGUUGCCAUAGGGACCGCGAUAAACAAUGACGCAUCAUCGGGCUUCAGUUGCCCACUCCCUAACCAACUUUCCAGCGGUUAAGGAGUACGGACAGCAGGCUCCUCUCACUGGAGAGAUUGCCUGGUCUGCUCUCACCAGAGAGAUCAUCUUCUUGUCGUUGUUGUAGUUUUAGUUGUCCAGUGGACUUCUUUAGACGUUGACAGUCAUCAUAGCAGAUGAGUCGACUGAAAAGAGGCCGUCUGCUGGCUCUGCCUUUACGAGUGCGAGCUCGGCCGGGGAAGGAGGCAGAUCGCCCAGCAGCUUCCUCGAGACACCAACGGCGACCACUGGCUCCACCUCCAUGUGGUCCUCUGUCUCUGACCUCUCCCUUCAAUUCAUCGAAGGGAGGGACAGCAGGGACCACAGCGACCCAGCAGAGGGAGAUCUGCGGAAGCAGCAGCGGGAGCACCAGUGGCCUGGCUCGCUGGUGGCAUCCCCCUACCAUCUCCCCAGACCCUUCUUUGGGCCGCUGGCCCCCAGCCGUCCCACUGCGGGCCCCAUGGCCCAAUUGUCUGGCCAUCCAUAUUGGCGUGACAUGCCAAGCCCGCAGCUGCUACAGCUGCGACCUCCAGAGCCGGAAGAGUUCCCACCACUCUUGCAUAGGGCGAGGGAGGCUCCUGGCUACAGACAUGCCACGCUUGCCCCCAUCCCUCCUGCUGAAACAUCAUCUCUGGCCCAGCUUGCCCCCAUUCCUCCUGCUGCAAGAACAUCUCUGGCCCAGCUGGCCAGGGCGGACCCGGCGUGCAAGAGGAAUCUGGUUCUGCUGGCCCACCGGCUGCAAUCAGAAGGCAGCAGCACCACCGCUGCCACUGGGGGGUUCCGCCCAGCCCCAACGGAUCAGCCCAGGAGCAGCAAGCCAACAGACAUUUGACGUGCGUCCAGAGUCUUGAUUCCUGCCACUGAGCAGACACUGGCUAUCCAAAUCAAGGAGCCUGCAACUCAGAAGGCAGAAGGCUUCAGCACCGGUGCUGCACGAAGAAUGAAGAUCCCAGAGUUGGGACCACACAGAGCAGGGACCCAGGAGCGCCACACACCAUCUCCUCCCCAGUUGCAGGGUCGAGGAAUGGCCAAGGGAGGAACAGCCCCGCCCACUGGGGAGAUUCAGCUGCGCCCUAAGGGCCCUCCAAAUCGGAAGAAGCUCCUUGUUCCCAAGCAGCAGUUGCUUCCGGAAUUCCUCUUCCCGCCUCCUCCACCAGAGCCAACCAAAGUGCUCGCCAAGGGAACGGCUUCCCACCUGGUAGCCCCAGGAGACAAGGACACCCAAUGUGCCAAGCCAAGGGUGCAGCUCUUUGUCUUUUUGCCGCCCAUCUCCUUGGCGCCCAAAAAGGCCAAGGACCGCUCAUAUGGGGAGUUGGUGGGCAGGAAACUCCCUGCAGAGAACAAUGGAAAGAGGGCAAGGGCAGCAGGGGCAGAGAGCGUGCCAGCACCCAAGGUGCCACGGGGAAGCCCAAAGGCUGAGGGGGAGGCGAGAUCAGGAGAGACGGCCAAAGCACCCCUGGACCAGAAGGAAGGGAGAACCGCACAGAAGAUCCCCACUUGCCAUCUGGAGCUGGCCGUCCCACCCCAUCUGCCAAGGAAACCAGCAGGAAUCAUGCCAGGCCAGAAGCUGCUGAAAAUGCCUCAGGUCCUGCCAGGAAGGGGGAAAGCACAGCUGCUACCACCUGAAGCCGAAGCUGGGGACACCAAGAGGAAGAAAGUGGGGGCAGAGUCCAGGGGAUCCGCCCAGGCUGUGCCCCCGACUCCGAGGAGCAGCCUGGCCAGAAUGAUGCGGGACUCCGUGCAGGUGUUCCAUGCCCUGGGGCCCCCGGCAAAAUCCAAGAGUGCAGAGGGACAUCCCGGGCAGAGCGUGCCCCAAAAGACACCAUCGAUGUCCAUGGGAAGGCCACCAUCCGGAAGCAUAGCUGAGCCUCCACCAAGGCCUUUGGCAGCCCUGCCAUGCAGACCAGCGGGGAAGGCACCGCCCAGCUCCAUGGCCAGGCCAGCGGCCAUGCCGAUGGCCAACCUCCCCCCUAGCUCCCUGGCCCACCCACAAUCAAUGCCAGUGUGGAGGCCGCCGGGAUCCCGUCCCUUCAUGCUCCAGCCCUCCUCCCUUGCGCAGGCAAAUAGCUUGUGAAUGCACAGUCUUGCUGGGAGGACCUUUAGCCAGCCCCCGCCGGCCCCUCAACCACAGCCACAGCCUUGGGGUCCCACACCAACCCACCGACCCGUCCUCCCUGCCCACCAAGCCUCCACGGAGCAUCCGGUCCUUCCACCUGGUCCCCAGAGCACGACAGCAGAGCAGGAGUUUAAGGGGGACAUGUUCAUCCCUUGGAGGACGCCCCCGGCCCACCUGGAAGUCUCCCGGCCCAUUAUGGAGGAGCAACGGCCCGUCCGGGAGCUGAUGCAGCAGCGGGCUCAAAGAGUGAGGGAGGAGGCGGCUCAGUGGACAUCAGCCGGCCAGAAGCAGUAUUUCGUGGAGCGGGAGGAGGAAAUGAACAUCUCCCUUCAGUAUGGCUACCCCUGGUGCCACUG